AUGAAUCAAGGAGCCCCUCAGACGGCCUCUGCGAAUGCUGCCGCGCCCCAGCCCAAGCCUAUCCGUUUUGUGACGAACCAUGAUGGUCCCUAUGCGAAGAGGCGGCGCAUCAAUUCCGCCUGCCUGACAUGCAGGAAGAAGAAGACGCGAUGUUCUGGUGAGCGACCUGUGUGUGGAACCUGUGUCCAGAACAAGCACGAAUGCGCCGGCUACGGAGACGAUAAUGGCACGAGCGAACACCAAAAAGAAGGCAAAAAGGCUGCCAGAAGAGAAAGCUCCGUCUCGAACAGCGCGCCUUCCCGGAAACAUGAGCCUCCCAUCGACCCGCUGCUCACACGGCCGCACCUUCCCCAUACGACGUCGCAAACCUCCGAAUCAAGCGUUCAUACAUCGCCCAAGGUCGAGUCGGCCGGAAGCAGCGGAGGCUUGAGCCUGAGCACGCGGAACAGAAUGCCAUACUUCAGGUACUUUGGGCCUACAGCCAUUCUGCCCGGUUUGCGACAGAUGGUGGUCAAAGUGCGAGGAAAGCAGCAUGGUAGUGCUCAGACUACAUCAGAUCAACACGCAAUCGAAUCCUCGCCCGCGCAACCGUCAGUAGGCUCACCACCAGUGCCAGAAGCCCGUACACCCGCCGAGAUACCCGUAUACGACGCCUCGUCAAUGUCUCCAAGUCCACUCAUUACCCACCUCUGCAAGCUGUUCUUUGUGCAUCUCGGCUGUUCCUUCCCAUUCCUGCAACGAGAGCGCUUCAUGCGGGACUUGGAGGAGAAGCAGGUAGACGCAAUACUCGUAGAUGCCGUCUGUGCGUUAGCGGCCCGAUUUUCGACACAUCCUAUGCUGACAGGCAAGAGCGACGCGCAGAAAGAGGGUGAGGCAGAACCUCCAACGAUCCCUCCUUCUGAGCAUGGCCAAGCCUUCGCGCAGCGAGCCAAGUCAGCUAUCCCCGACGCUUUUCCGUGUCCUAGUGUAGCAGUAGUACAGGCGGCGCUGCUUCUUGCAUACGAUGAAUUCGGUGCAAGUCGCGACAGUGGACUUUGGAUGUAUCUGGGGAUCGCCAUCCGAAUGGCGCAGGAUCUGGGAAUGCAGUCUGUGGGAGGCCUGAAGUAUGAGGGACGCAAAGGCCCAACCCCAAAUUCUGUCAAGAGCGACCCAGAUGGUGGACGGCAUUCGGAGCAAUCAACAGCUUUGGACAAUCAGGGGGCUAGCGCAGAGGAGCAAGAGCAAAGGGCUGCCGAGCGUGAGAGACUGGAUACUUUCUGGUCCAUCUUCUUCCUUGACCGCGUCAUAUCCUCUGGAACUGGACGGCCGGUGACCCUUCGCGAUCGCGACAUUGAGAUCUCGUUUCCCUCCCUGGAUGAAGUGGACUCUUCCGGUUGGCCAUUGCCUUUUCCUGCGCUAAUCCGCAUCAUUCAUCUAUACGGCCGCGUUACCGAUCUCCUUAACCGAAUACGAAGUGCCGCUGAUAUUACUGCUGACCUGCAGAAGCAACUCGGAGCUUGGGAAGACAGGCUAACAGGCAUCUAUCAGAACCUGUCGCCCAAGCUGCACUUCAAUGCGGUCAACUUCCAGCAAUACGUCAAGCUCCACCAGGGCACCAACUUUCUCCUCCUACAUUGCUGGUUCCAUACCUUGAUCGUUCUUUUGCAUCAGCCAACGCUGCUCAGGACGUUCGAGGGAACCCCGCAAUCCUUGUCCACCAAUAGCAGAGAACUUUCCAUGUCUUCUGCAAAGACUGUUGCCGACAUCCUGGCCUUUACCGAGCUCAUCGAUGUGAAGACUGGCAUUGGCAAUCCUUUUACCAGUCAACCAAUAUACAUUGCCGCAUGUGCUUUCCUCAAAGAGACGGCACUGCAUUCGGCAUCGUCACAGCCCCAGUCUCGCCCAGCAAGCCCAGGUCGCAACGGGGAGAACUGGCAAAAAGCUACUAACCACCAAUCUCUUGACCGUCUGAAUCCAAACAACAGCUCUACCAGAGAUUUGGAACUCAAGCAGACCGCCGCUAAGCACACAUUGCUUGCUUCCGCGGCUAACCAAAAUUAUCAACGCUGCUACCGUGCCCUCAAAGCCUUGGAGACCUACUGGGCGGGUGUCAAGUACAUUAUGACUGUGCUAGACCAAAAGGCAAAGGGUGUUGGUGACCCCUUGCUGUACACUGCCGAGGAGAUGGAAAGUGCAUUAGAAGCCCCUCGACCCGAGCCAUCUUUCACUAGCCCUGGUUGGAGGAGGAAACUGAGUUGGGGAACUUAUCUCACUGCACAAAACUCUGACGCGGACGUCGCAAAGAUGGCAGCGGCUAUUCGAAAGGGCACGAGAACGCCAAACAUGCCUGGCUCGCCCAUGGUACACCCCAGUCAAGCAAUCGGAUGGUCGCUUACUGGUACCAUGAACUCGCCAUCAACCAACGUCGCUGUCAUGUACACUUCCGAAAAUGGCGAAAGCCGGAGUACGAGGCCACCACCUUCCAAAACACUCCCUGCAAGCACUCAGCCUUCUAUCGCGUCGUUGAUAUCCGAUCCUCCUAUCAAAUUUGAGCCACGCCACUCUAUAGCAUCACCAUCGGGUUUCUCGCAAUUCAGCUCGGCGUCCAUGCCUCCGCCGCCCUCAAAUCCAACCUUCAACCAUAUGCCCACACCAGACCCAGUUCUAGUAUCAGAUGCCGAUCUUCUUCUGAACCUACAUUCCCCGUUCUCGGGCGGCUCACCGACAGCCAUAAGAACGCCAUUACAAAAUCCGACUUCAUACACCCGCUCAUCCGCCCAACACAACCAGCUACAACCUACACCUCAAACCGAGUUUUCACCUACAUUUGGAAACUUCAAUACACCUUCAGACAACACCUUCGGCGACAUGGUCAUCGAUACCCAAGACGUCGACAUGUCACUACUAGGCGCCGACAUGAUGCCUUGGGAUUUGGAGUACCUACCCCACGAUAUGCUUUACUUUGGCGAUGGCACCUUUGGAAACAAUGGCUUUGGAGCAGAUGGCGCGCCAGGAGAUCAUAACACCGGUUGA